AGUAAACCGACUAGCACAGUUGAAACAUAUAUUAAACCAACACAAAUCGGAAAAAUUCAUCGAUCGGAGGAAAUUUCUCUUUUAGGUUUUCUUUCUCUUCCCCACCCCUUCUCGGAAACUAGAAAGGAGAAUUCUGAAUAUCUGUCUUCCGGCGAUGGAAGGGAGAGAUGACGGCGGAGGGAAAGUUAUGGGGUUGAUAGAGAAAGCUACGAAAUCGUCUGCGCAAGAGGUUGACCCAAGGCUGCUAAAGGCAAUCAAAUUAACGCUUCGGUAUUCUGAUUCGGAGGUCCGGCUCGGUGCGGAAACCCUAAUGGAGCUCAUGAAACAUCACCACUCUCAGGUUCGAUUACUGACGCUUCACAUCAUCGACGAGAUUUUCAUGAGAUCAAAGCUCUUUAGAGCUCUAAUAGUUGAGAAUCUCGAUCAGCUGUUGAGUUUAAGUGUUGGGUUCAGAACCAACCUGCCACUUCCUGCGCCUUCCGCUGUUGCCACCAUUUUGCGUACAAAGGCUAUUGAGUUCUUGGAGAAGUGGAAUCUGACAUUUGGGUUACACUACAAGGAGAUUAGGCUGGGUUUUGAUUACCUUAAGAAUACCCUCAAGCUCAAGUUCCCUGAUUUGCAGGCAAAUGCCGCACGGAUUCAACGAGAGAGACAGGAGAGAGAGAUGAGAACCAAAGAGAUUUUACGAAACAAGUUUGAUUCUUUGAGGAAUACUUUCGGACUCUUAAAGGGUGAGAUUGGCGAAACAAUAGAGGAAAUCAAGGAGUGUCUGGAGAUUGUUCAAUGGAGAGGGGAUGAUGGUAUUCCGCUUGCGAUCUUAGAUGAGGAAGAUUACGAGGAGAUCCGUUGUUCUCAUCUGAGGCAGAUUCGUCUCGAAUCACUGAAACAAUCAGAUAAGGUUGAGGAAACUAGUGAAAACAGAGUGGUGUUCGAUGUAUUGAGGGAAAAGUGCAAGCUCCUAGUGAAAAAGCAUCUGAUCUCGGUCCAAGAAGGUAUCUCUCUUCUCACCAGGGUUGACGUAAGUGAUAACAGGACUAGAGAUUCCUUGUUGAAAGAGCUCAUCGAUAUUAAGAAUAACAUAUUGGCAACUGAGAAGAAAUGUGAAGAAGUUGGUUUUACAAUCUCAAGAAUGAUUGACACUCGGGAGAAAGAAGAAACAGACGAGGAAGAAGAAGACGAUAUCUGGGAGGAAGAUGAUGGCAAAGUUGGUACUGAUCCUGUUAAAAACGUAGCUCCUUUGCCGAGAAGUCAGAACGGUGAGGGUUCGUCUUUCCAAUCAUCAAGUGAGGCACAUAGGUCUACAUCAGAAUCUAGCUCCAACAAAGCUUCGAGCACUAGAAAAUUUGGAACAAGUGGUGGCUCUCUUAGGGAUAACCUAAUUUCUGAAGCUCCCGUCAUGAAUUGGGGAUCACAGUUGAGUAAUUGGGACUCAACAACUGAAGUUCGAGCUAAUCACAGAGGCUUAGAGCUCGAGAGCCACUGGGGCAGGGUGGAUCAAGAUGCUGUAAUUCCAGCAGAUAAAAUAGCAGAAUUAAACCUUCAGGCAACUGUUUAUAGAGAAGAGAGAGCAGAGAUACAUCCAUGUCAUGCUCCUCUAAAGAAAGGUGGUCUUUGUCAGAGAAGAGAUCUUCGAGCCUGCCCGUUUCACGGACCCAUUGUACCUCGAGAUGAUGAAGGAAACCCCAUAACCCAGGAAUCGAGUGAAAACCAAACAGGGAUCGACCAGGACGUGCCUAUGGAUGAAUCAACUUUAGUCUCUGAUCCUAAUCAGCUAGCUAGGCAAAUAGCGAAACAAGCUCUGAAGAAUAUCCGGGAGAAAGACAGAGAAGAGCUAAUGAAGAUAGCAAACCGAGCAAAGCUUGCAAAGGUUAGGGAACACAAUUUUUCAGUUCUGCGUGAUGCUGCUUUAGCCUCAACUUCGAAAUCAGCUGUUAUCGACGAACAGUUUGAUAGAGUGUUCGCUGCAAGGAAAAACAAGAAACAAACGUUUUCCUCGACGCGGCGUAAGAAAACAACGUCCAAAGAUAGAAUAUCGGAGAGACUGUUAAGCAACCGGGUGAAAGGUACUAAACCGAAGCAGUUGCCUCCUCAGGGUGAUGAUGAGAAGUACCGAGAAACAGCGGCUAACCAGUGCAUGGACUGUACUUCAACCAUGGAUGUCACAGAUGACGAAGAGAUCCACCAAGAUCGCCAUUCGUACGCAUCGGUUCCGAAGCACCAUAGUAAUAACAGCAGCGCGAAUGCUGCUUCUGCGCUUCUUCCAACCACCACCAGUGUUCAUGAGCUUCUCGAAUGCCCUGUCUGUACCAAUUCCAUGUACCCUCCGAUUCACCAGUGUCACAAUGGACAUACUCUAUGCUCAACUUGUAAAACCAGGGUUCACAAUCGCUGCCCAACUUGUAGACAAGAGCUCGGUGAUAUCCGUUGCUUGGCACUGGAGAAAGUAGCGGAAUCUCUUGAGCUACCCUGCAAGUACAUGUCACUUGGAUGUCCGGAGAUCUUCCCUUAUUACAGUAAGCUCAAACACGAGACGAUAUGUAACUUCAGGCCUUACAACUGUCCGUAUGCUGGAUCCGAGUGUUCUGUUAUGGGAGAUAUCCCUUUCUUAGUUGCUCAUCUGAGGGAUGACCACAAGGUGGAUAUGCAUUCUGGGUGUACUUUCAACCAUCGUUACGUCAAGUCUAAUCCUCGUGAAGUCGAAAAUGCCACCUGGAUGUUAACUGUCUUUCACUGCUUUGGUCAAUACUUCUGUCUCCACUUUGAGGCUUUCCAGCUCGGGAUGGCUCCAGUGUACAUGGCGUUCUUGCGUUUCAUGGGUGACGAAACCGAAGCUCGGAACUACAAUUACAGUUUAGAAGUGGGAGGUUAUGGUCGGAAGCUGACUUGGGAAGGAACACCGAGAAGCGUGAGAGACAGCCACAGGAAAGUUAGAGACAGUCACGACGGACUGAUUAUACAGAGAAACAUGGCUCUCUUCUUCUCAGGUGGAGACAGGAAAGAGCUGAAACUGCGAGUCACCGGAAGAAUCUGGAAAGAGCAGCAGCAAAGUGGUGAAGGUGGAGGAGCUUGUAUCCCAAACUUGUCUUAAAACUGGAAAAAGAAAAAAAAAGUCAAAUUGAUUUUGAAAACCUCGCCGACUUGGCUUUGUCUCUGUAACCAUGGUUCUUUGGAAUUUUCUGUAAUUAGGGCUUUCUCUGUACUCGAAAAUAAACUUCGGUUGUUCUUACUUCUUAUGUCUAUCUCUCUCUCUCUCUCUCCCUUUUUCUCAUUGUCAUGGAUGUGGAAAAUGUAAAUAUCGAAGCUUAUCAAUCUCAGGUUUUUAAAAAGUCUCUAAUGAUUGUGUAAAGUCGAAAGGCACAGUAACACGACAACCUUUUCGAGUUUGUUCUGAUAAACCCAUCUUUAGGGGUUUUUGACAUCUUCUUCAAAGAAGGAUUGUAGUUUUAUCCGUUUCCCAUCCAUGGAGGUUCUAAACUCUGCUCUUCCUAAUGGUUUCUUCAAUUUCCCGUCUUUCUCGUCGAAACCCAAAAGGAGAGUCACUAACAAGAGAAACCAACAUAGAUUCAACUUGCCCAUCUCCAACUCUCCGUACGAUCGCGCUUCAUUUCUCCGAGUCUCGGCUCGGUUCGGGGAGACCUCGAGGCGACGUAACUCACUGAGGAAGAAGAUUAUCGGUGAUGAGAAUUGGCGUUCGAACCCGGUUCCUUCUGACCCAGGUACGCAAUCUCGAAACGAAAACGACGAUCUCGAUCACAGUGAUGAAUUGGUCGAGUUGGGUAGCACCGUGGGAUUGAAAGAUAAGGUUUCUCAAGAUUCGAAUUUACUGAAUGAGCUCGAAGACUGGGUUUCUCGGUAUAAGAAGGAAGCAGAGUAUUGGGGGAUUGGUUCGAACCCCAUUUUCACUGUUCAUCAGGAUUCGGUUGGAAACGUGGAGAAAGUAGUGGUUGAUGAAGACGAGGUCUUGAGUAGAAGAUCUGGUCUUGAGGAUUUGGAAGCAGCGAGUUCUAGGGUUCUAUACGCGAAGAGAUUAGCUGAACAAAUGGAGAAUGGGGAGAAUGUGUUGAAUAAGGAUAGUUCUCUGGUCAAGUUUGUUUCUUCUUCUUCUUCGUCUUCUUCAAAGGAAGAGCUUCAGUUUGUUAGCUCAAUCCAAAACGCAAUUAUCCGUCUCGACAUAAUUCCAAAGUUGCCGGCGAUUGGGAGAGCUGUUGUGUGUGGUUACAUAGGACUCUGGUUGCUGAAGACGGUGCUUGUGUUUAGGAAGAGGAAGAGUAAUGAGGAUGGUAGCACAGAGUUGGAGAAGGAGAUGAUGAGGAGAAAGAUGAAAGCUUGGAAGGAAAAGGAAACGAUGGAGAAAGGUACUGUGGAAGUUUUGCAGGAGCCAUUGGUGUCAAUUGAGAAGCCUAAGUUUGAUCGUGAAGAACUUAUGAGUAGUAUAUCUAGAGUAAAAGGUUCAGAGAAGAAAUUGGAACUCUUGAAUUCUACUCAGGUUGAGAGUGGUGAAUCCAUGGACUUUGAUAAUAAGAUCCAUGAAAUCAAAUCAAUGGCUAGACGAGCACGGGAGGUAGAAGCUGGCAUAGAAAUUAAUGAAAAGGAGAAGCACGAUGUGAACAGAGAAAUGGGCGAGGAUGAUGAAGAUAUAAGCCUGCGGUCACAGAACAGUCUUCCACAAAAUGGUUUGACACACAGUGAAGGUGAUGACGACGGUAAAGAUGAAAGCUUGGGGACUUCGACUGAAAGUGAUCAAGAAAAAACUGAACUUUCUGGUUUGGCUAUUCCAGUGGUGAAUGGGGCAAUGGUAGAUUCUGGUUUUCCGAAUCGUGAAAUGGCAGCAUCUGACGCAGAAAAGGUGAGUAAUGUGGUGGUACCAAUAGUUCCUACAGACGGAAUCAUCCAAUCUUCUGAUGUUUCUAAGGAUAAGUCGAGUAUGAUGAAGAAUAGCAUUGGUCGUAGUAAGUCACGGGUCAUACGGUCUGUAAAAGAAGCUAAAGAGUUCCUUUCAAGAAGAAGCGGUGAGAAAGAGCUUACUCAGGAACCGUCUCAGACGAUAGCCCAAGACAUUGAUGAAAUCUUCCAAAAGCAGAGCGAUGAAGAGCGUAGUGUAGAUAGUAAACGCGAAUCUGCUAACAAAAAUAAUAUUAUUGGUGCAGCUGUCAAUGGAACCUUGAAAUCUGCACCUGAGUCUACUUUUUCUGAACCGUCAGGGAAGGAUGUUGAUUCGCAACCCCAAAAGAAUACAGUUAAGGGACCCGGAAACAAAACAGAAGAGCGCGAAGCAAGUCUUUUUGAAUCAGUCGAGAGUUCUUCUGGUGGUACUGAACAUAUAGAGAAGGAACAACCAUCAGGGAAGGAGAACUGGAUGGAGAAACACUACCAUGAGUUUGAACCUAUUGCUGAAAAGAUGAGAGCUGGAUUUAGAGAUAAUUACAUGGCUGCAAGAGAGAAAGAUACUCAGGAGCCAGGUACGAUCGCUGAAAUUGCAGAAGUUUACCGCAAUGAGGAUAAUGAUGAGCUUGAGUGGAUGAAGGACGAAAAGCUAAGAGACAUUGUCUUCCAUGUUCGGGAUAACGAGCUUGCUGGUAAGGAUCCAUUUCACCUGAUUGAUGCCGAAGACAAAGCUAUGUUUUUGCAAGGCUUGGAGAAGAAAGUUGAGAAAGAAAAUGAGAAAUUGUCUCAUCUGCAUCAGUGGAUUCAUUCAAACAUUGAAAAUCUCGACUAUGGAGUAGAUGGCAUCAGUGUGUAUGAUCCGCCAGAGAAAGUCAUACCGAGAUGGAAAGGGGCUUCGCUUGAGAAGAACCCCGAGUUUCUUAAUAACUAUCAGGAACAGCGUGAAGCAUUGUUUUCUGGUAAAGCUGCGUCUGUGAAAAAGGAAGAACAGAGCUCUCUUCAGGAAACAUCACAGUCUUCUUCCUCUGAGAACUCUCUCUCUUCUUCAUCUGAAAUUACCUCAAGCCAGCCAAAGAUUGUUGUAGAAGGAAGUGACGGAUCUGUUAGACCCGGGAAAAAGUCAGGAAAGGAGUAUUGGCAGCACACUAAGAAAUGGUCACGCGGGUUCUUGGAGUUGUACAAUGCAGAGACUGAUCCAGAAGUGAAAGCUGUUAUGAGAGACAUGGGCAAAGACUUGGACCGAUGGAUCACAGAGGACGAAGUCAAAGACGCAGCUGAUAUAAUGGAAAAGCUGCCAGAGAGGAACAAGAAGUUCAUGGAAAAGAAACUCAACAAACUGAAGAGGGAGAUGGAGUUGUUUGGCCCUCAAGCUGUUUUGAGCAAAUACCGCGAGUAUGGAGAAGACAAGGAAGAAGAUUAUCUAUGGUGGUUGGAUCUUCCGCAUGUACUGUGCCUUGAGUUGUACACGGUUGAUGAGAAAGGAGAGCAACAAGUAGGGUUCUACACAUUGGAGAUGGCAACAGAUCUCGAGAUAGAACCCAAACCACAUCAUGUGAUUGCUUUCGAGAACGCUGCGGACUGUAAAAACCUCUGUUACAUUAUUCAAGCUCAUUUGGAUAUGCUUAGAACCGGGAACGUUUUCAUUGUACCGCGACCGCCAAAGGAUACCUUUCGAGAAGCCAAGGCGAAUGGGUUUGGUGUAACGGUUAUUAGGAAAGGAGAAGUGAAGUUGAACAUAGACGAGCCGUUAGAGGAAGUAGAGGAACGGAUAUGUGAGAUAGGAAGCAAGAUGUACCAUGAUAAGAUCAUGGGAGAUCGAUCUGUGGAUAUAAGCUCGUUGAUGAAAGGUGUCUUUAACCUCAAGACCAAACCUAGCGGCCGAAGAAGAAAACGAUCGAAGCGGGUUCUGAAAGAUUCUAACGAGAAAAGUAGCUGAGGCACCAAGCCAAUAGGAGCUGGCUCUAGAGAUGUGCCUAGAACAUGCAUAUCAUCAGGUGGCGCUAGAGAUGUAUCCAAGUUGAAACUUAUCAAGAUUAGUCAAGAACGCAAGUGGAGUGAAGCAAUUUGUCAAAAACUCAUUUAUUGAUUGUAGUAAGAAGGCAUAACACAAUUCACGAAAUCUCUCUUCCAUCAGAAAGAAAAACUAGCGGAAAUAAAAUAUUAAUUUGUUCAAAUUAAUCUCUGCUUAAGAUUACAUUCA